AUGUCAUCAACAAAUGAAAUAGGACUUGAGACUGAACGUGUUCAAUGUUCAUCGGAAAUUGAUUUAAGUGAUCUUCAUUGUUCAACAAUAUGUGAAAAUAUUCUAUGGAAACCAGUCGCUUGUCAACAAUGUGAAACUCAUUUCUGUUCAAUGUGUAUCACAAAAUGGCUAGGAAACAAUCCGAAUCAAUGUCCGAUGCGAUGCGAUAAUUUCAUUCAACGAUCAUGCUCAAAAUUCAUUGCUAGACAAUUGGCCAAAUUGCAAAUCGCUUGUAUUUAUCAACCUAAUGGUUGUAAUGAGGUCAUUUUAUAUGAAGCACUCGAAAAACAUGAGAUGAUAUGUGGCUAUCAACUUGUAAAAUGUACUGGUUGUCUAUUAGAAAUGUUACAAAAGGAUUUGACUGAACAUCAAUCUAAAUGUGCAUCUGUUCUAAUGACAUGUGAAGAUUGCAAAAUUGUUUGUAGACAAAAUGAUGUGCUUACACAUCAUUCUGACAGAAUCUGUCUUAGGGAACAACUUCGACAAUUUCAACAUGAAUCACAAUAUGAGACUCAACAACUUAGAGAACAACUUCGACAAGCACAACAUGAUCAAACGACAUUAUUAGUGUCGCGAGGUAUUAUUGCAGAUGAUAAUCCUGUAAAAAGAAUUCAUAUACAAUCUACGGUCGAAACUGAUACACUUGAUAGAAAUCGAAUUGUUCUCGACAACAACUCACAUUCAGUUUUAAAUGAUCAAUUGUUAUGUUCGGAAUGUCGCAAUGUGAUCUGGCGACCAGUUUCUUGUGGAAAAUGUGGAGCUAUUUUUUGCAAAAAAUGUCGUCCUCAAAAUAACUUUUUUGAUAAAAUUACGACAUUUUUCGGUGGUCAACGUGUUCGACAUGGAAGAAACAAUUGCGAAAAAUUCGAAGAAAUACCAGUACCUAAUUAUAUUACUACUGAACUUGAUGGAUUACGAGUUCGGUGUGUAUAUGCUCCGAAUGGAUGUCGGAUAAUUUCACGUUACUACGAUCUUGAACGGCAUGAAAAGCAAUGUGAAUUCGAAAUGAUUCCUUGUCAACUUUGUCAACUACCUUUAUCAAAGCGACCACCGAUGAUGCAGCAUACAUUACAUGCAUGUUUCGAGCAAAUGCAGAGAGAAAAUCCUGCUAGAAUUCAACAGCAAUUUAUGAUACUUCUCAAUACUAUUGAAAAAACUGAAGCCGACAAUCGUCGUCUCCAAUCAACCAUAGAUGAUGUCAAAACACAAUUGAACCAUUUGAAUUCAAUAUGUGUCAAGAAAACUGAUAAAGAUGACAAAUAA